ACACCAAACCCCAUUCCGACCCUCGACACGAUGAGCGACACCCGAACGGAACACGUCUGGGUCCUGUACGGAUCCCAAACCGGGAAUUCGGAGCAGGCGGCGGAAGACUUUUCCAAGGAGAUCGUCGAAACCUUCGACUCCUCCUAUUUCGAGGACCUCGGGCUCGAACCGGUCCGGGUCGAAACCACCUGCCUGCAGCUCGACGACUUCUUGGAGUACAGGCACGCCGCCUUUUCCAAGACCAUGGUCAUCUUCGUCAGCAGCUACGGGGUGGGCCAGGCGCCGCUCGGAUCCCCCAAGUUCCGAUCCUUUGCGGAAGAGMUCCUCGCGCUCGCCGACGGAGGAGCCGAGGGAGCGGGGUCGCUUCUCAAGGGUCUCACCUACGCCAUCUGCGGACUCGGUACGUUGCGAUUGCGCUGGGGGAAGACGAAUGCGGAUUCGAUCGGUUCGUUUCCGCCCGUCCGACAGCUAGUUUGUUAGUUAUUUGGUUUGUUCGUUCUCUCUCACAACCGMGUUUGCCUUGUUUCGGUUUGUUUUUCGUCGUUGUGUUUCGUUAUGUCUCGCCGUUGCAACGAGGACAGGCGAUUCCGGAUACACGACGUACCUGGUCAAUCCGACCACCAUCAACAAGGCCCUGGCCGCCGCGGGUGCCACKCGGAUCGGUGAAAUGGGAAAGGCCGACGCCAAACAGAUCGGGGAGGACUCCCAGGCAAACGUCAUUGCAAGGUGGAAGAAGGAACUCCUGGUUCCGCUCGCAAGGUCCCUGGCAGCGGCGGCGGACGAUGCCAGCGAGGAGUCGGCAGACACCGUGAAACAGAUGCAGGCCUGCAGCAUCCCCAUUGUGAUGAAAAUCGAUCCGGACUACACGCCUCCGAAGGAAUUCGGGGGCAGGUCCGGUGGGGCGAUACCCAUGAAUCUUUUCMUUGUGGCCGUCAUCGUAGCCGUGAUCGCAGCUCUAUUUGUUACCGGCAAGAUCGAAGCGCCCUAGAACUAGUGAAACACCAAAUCGAAAUGCUGUAAAAUGUUUUCCAAAAUACAACACAUUUAUACAC